CAAUAAGCGUUUAACAUAGUGAUAACUAUACAUGGGCAAACUGUUGCCAAAAAAUCACAAGUGCUCAGCGCCCUCCCAUAAUCCCAUGCAUCGACAUAAACACAAGCUUUAUGCACAGUUACGGUUGUUGUUGAUAUUGUUGGAGCUGCGAUAUCUCAAAGUCGUCGACAUGCCUUAUAUCCUGAACCAACGGAAGCUAUUCUAAAUACUUAAACAGACUGACAGACGGAUUGUCUAGUUAGAUUGGUCUUCUUGACUGGACCGCUCCUUCCAAUACACGACCCCGCCGUAUCCAAGGCGAUUAAUAUUGCCUUUGUAUUAAGGCAAGUUGUUGGUACUGCUCCCUGGAGUUGCAAAAAGCUAUCAAUUGUAUUAGAUUUUUUGAAAGGCACACCAGUAAGCUGCCAUAUUCGUCUGCCCGAUUGUUUCCGUGCAUCGUCAGUUCUGUCCAGUCGAAACGGUGUGACGAAACCUCUUUUCUGCAGAAUAUAGGUAGUUUUCCUCCUAAAUGUGAUUCUAAUAAUCGUCUGUCCGGCUGCCUCCUUUGCGCUUUGUUGGUGUCGUAUUGAAUGUUCUUCCUUUUGAAUUAUUUUAAUAACGGCAGUGCCAAUCAACGCAGCAAAAAAGCAGUCAUUGGAUCAGAGACAUGUAGGUGGAAUACGCGAUCAACACUUUCGUGCUUUUUACUAGUUGUGGCAAAUACCAUUUGACAGCGGACAAACCGGACAAACAAUAGGUUUCAAGUUUUCAACAAGACGAUAAAACAGCUGUAGCAGCAGCAGCUCACUCAUGGACAACGCAGUCGUUCCAUCGCACGGCCAGGCGUGAUGGGCGAUAGACUUUGUGUGUUGUUUGUUACCGGUCUUAGCGACCGCAGUAAAUUCUGCAGCGACACGGGCGGUCGUGGUGGCAACAGGUAUCGAGUCCAAACGCAAUAGGAUGCGAUUUUAAUCUAAAAAUCUUAGGAAAUUAUAAGGCCGUUGUUUGGCGGCAAGUGUCGUUUUGUAUUGGAGGUUGCAGAUUGCAGCUUGCUUUCCAGUUGCGCUUAGGCGUGCUCACACAGUGUGUGGAAUCGGCUGCUAGGUCAGUUAGCCAUUUCGGAAAGUCAGCGGGAUACGCUUUACCUAAAAACAAGGAUCGUUUCGACGCAGCUGUCAUCAUUGCCAUCGUCGUGUGGCCAUUGGGUUUUUUUUUUUUGUUUGCUGACUUCUGGCUGGUUUCCUAUCGCUCCGUAAAAAUUCGUGAUGCAGACGUGACAGCCUGAAGCUACAGCGUCGGAGUUAGCAACGGAGGUGCGAACACAAAGUAGCCACUUGUGACAGGGUACAGAGAACAAGCAACAACAUCAAAAGGAGAAAGAGAAGGAUCGAGUGCCGCGGUGUAACGUGCUUUCAGGCAAUGGCGCUACGGUGUAGCUUCGCUUAACGUCCCAAUUCGAAAAUAGAUGAUGGUCCCAAGGUCCCAAGGCGAGGGCACAUCGUUAUCAAUGAAGAGAGUCCCCGGGUCGCCUGUGAUUGUUGGUGUUGCCUCCACUCAAUUCAAUUCGUUGUAUGAACGACUUCGUCAACAUCGACAUAGCCAAUAUAGAAAUGGCAGAAUCAACUACAUAUAGUAACUGCGGGUGGAGCUGUGGUAAAAUGAUAACAGUUUGAAUUGGCGAAAGGAGCGGAGAUCAUCGGCAUCAAAAAAGCUAGGGAGAAGCUGUAUUGUCACGGCGAGUGGCUGCGCCACUUCACCGAUGAGUUCGCUGAUUCGUGCGUGUAUAUGUGUGUGUGUAUGAGUGUGUGGAACAUCUGCGAUCAUCUGCUCCAUCUUCGUAGUUUGGUUCAACUGACCUGCUGUCUACUGAUAACGGUGCCGUGUGAGUGAAUUUCUAUGCAAUCCGAAGCGACGAGUAAGAAAGACGGACUUCUGGGGUGAGAAAACUACACCGUGAGGUUGUCGUCGAAAGGAACAGUCGCUUACAAGUGUAAUAAUAAGUUAUUUUCAAGAGGAGACCUCUUCGGAGAUAGACAAAACACCCAGUCAGUGAUGGCCUCUGGAGUUCUGUCACGAAAUGUGGCCUAUAUCUGGUCACAAGUGUUGGCUGCCACUUCCAGCUGUUCCGGAUUUGUUAAGGUUCUUAGCGGACUGCUUAUUUUAGGUUACUUAUUCGCGUGGGGUUAUGGCCACGACCUAGUGGCUCAUGUUGGCGUUAUACCCAGUGAGAUAAUGCCACCGAAUUUCGCCGUUUGGACGUUGUUGACACAUUGUUUCUUUGAAGAUUCGAUUCUUAUGUUAGUGGAAGAUCUCGUAGCUAUUACACUAUACGGAAAAUUGGUAGAACCUUUGUGGGGUAACGCAGAGGUGGUGUUAUUUUUCUGCGUAGUCAACGUGUCGACAGCUUUUCUGUCUGUGGUGUACCUGAUCGCGCUGUAUUGGCUAACGGGUCACACGGCCCUGUUAUUCUCUGUAACCGUGCAUGGUAUGGCAGGAUAUAUAGCCGCUACAUUGGUGGCUGUUAAACAAUUAAUGCCUGAUCAUGUUCUCGUGACGCUUCCGCGUAUGGGAAAGUUACGAAACCGUAACAUGCCACUAAGUGGCUUUAUGUUGACUGUCAUCUUGUACGCUGUUGGUUUACUCCGGCCAGUUUACCCAGUCAUGUUUUUAGCGGGGUCUCUGAGCGCUUGGUUGUAUCUUCGGUUCUGGCAGGCGCACCCCAAUGGCAGUCGAGGCGAUCCAGCUGAACAUUUUAGCUUUGCCCACUUCUUUCCAAACGUCCUACAACCGCCUGUAGCCGUUCUGUGCAAUUCCAUCUUCGAUAUGCUCGUUCGGAUUGGUCUGUGCAGACGACCCGUCAAAAAGUUUAACAUAGCUCACAGCAUGGCGCCAGGAACUAUUUCAAUACAGAUGCCCGGAGCUGCGGUAGGAUCCGCGACAGGUCCUGCGGGACUUACGCUACCCCCGUCGGCAGAAGAUGCCGAAAGGAGAAAGCAAGUUGCGCUGAAGGCGUUGAACGAGCGGUUAGCUAAAGGCGGCGUCGGCAUGUCAAAAUCCUCUUGUCCUUCACUUGUCCCUCAAGGAAAAGUUUCCAAAAGCAGCGUCGGGAUGCCCAGUGGCGUAGGCACAAGUGGGAGCGAUGAUUCCAGCAGUAGUAAGGAACGUCUGGUUGACGUUUAAAAAACGGUUGGACAGUGUUGCAUCGAGCGAGCAAAGGAUCAUAAGCAUGUUUCAAGAGAGGUCUUUCGCAUCGGGCUUUCCAUGCGGUAACCUUGUCGGGUUCUCGUGGACUUUAAUUUCAUUUUUCUUCUAGUCCGUCG